GGUAAUCAGUGCCGUUUCCGCGGCAGUGGCGGUCACCACGCGGCAGAUUACACAGAUUACACCGAUUACAUUAGUACUCAACACCGUGGACGGUCGUUUCUUUUCCGGGGAGAACCGCUCUCCCACCUUAUCUCCGCCGUCGCGUCAUCCGUAUACCCAGGUACGCGCGAGAUCAUCGUGGUGAAGCGUCGCGAGGACUCGUCAUUGGUGUACGAGUACCUAGAAGUAUUUUUGGAAGAAACGGAGUGUCGAGGAACCCUGCAUAUCGAACGAUUCAGCCUUCGAUAACUCCUCGUGUCACACGGACGACCUGGACUGCUGCUUGGACGUGGCACUGACGGACGUCGCGCGACGGACUCUGAAUCUGUUGUAGCAAUCGGUAGCAUUUGACCUCCCUGAGCUAUGCUCUCGAAAAAGCUAGGUCGUCGACGCGACGAUAUCGAUAUUUUGCAUCCGAUAUCGGGGUAGACUAAACACGCGGAUUGCGCCACGUGAGAGGAAGAGUUUGAAUUGGCGCGAUAGAACGUGACACCGGGAGAGUUCCCUUAAAAUAUUGGGGAGACCUUUUGGGACAUUGGAAAGACUCGCUCGAGGAUUAAGUAGCCAUCGUUAUUUAUCCAAUAGCUAGACACAGAUUAUGACGAUAGUAGCUAUCACUAUAGGAUUCACCCAAGCAACGUCAGCCUCGGCAGUGUGUCAUUCAGCCUUUAACUUCCAAUUGUGCACAACUCGUUGAAGGCACACAGUUCGGAUGUCUUCACAUCGAUUCACCAGGCGUAGUGUGAGAAGAGACCACAAGGUAUCUUGAAGAGAAGGUCCCUGCGCGUAAACGUUGCCGCAAGAACCCGUAGAGAUGCGAAAGCUAUAAAAAUUGAGAGGUAAGAAGAGUUGGGUCAUCAUGUUGGUAUCUUAGAAACACUCUUCUGACUUUAAUGAGGGAAUCCGCUCGUGUCGGCUGGGUCGCACCGCGGCGAUGCGGCGGAUUCCGAGAAUAACGGAGCACGAGACUUAUUGAGGUGGCGGGCUGUACCUAGGAGGAAGUCUCUUGGACGUUACCGGGAUUUGUCCAGGAAUCGCGAUGUGACAGAUCGUCGCCGCAAAGUGCCGUGUGUGGCUCAAUCGCGCUAACGUAGCUCACGUCAAUCACCUCCGAACCGACGUCCCCUCAACGAAAAACUGAUCUAGCAGUGAUCAGCUGACAUUUGAAGGUGCAACGCUUACCUGUCUAUACCUGUACUCCGUUAGAGAUAACAGUAUAAUGGACGUUGCGGACAAUCGAGCAUGGAAAUGAGCAAACGACUGGACAAUCUUCCUAUACAGGUCUUCGAUUGAAAGGAAGAGAGGAACUCUGUCGAGUAUGGUUUAACUGAAGUAGCUCAAAUUGCCACUUGUGUUUCGAGACUUGCUAGGUGAAAGAGGCCGAAAGACCAAUACGUCAAGAUCGGUAUGAGCAACGGCGAAGGCGUGGUGACGGGUCCGGGUUCCGGCAACGAUCGCCUUUGCGAGGACGUCGACAUGGCGACCCCGACGUCAGCGUCUUCGAAUCUGAAGCCGCGAAGCGGCAAAAUCAGCUUCAGCGUCGACGCCCUGCUAAGCGGCACGAAGAAGAGUGCCAUUAGCGGCGGCACCUUCGCGACCAGACGCGACAACGACGACAGGAUGGACGUCGAGAAGAAUCUCGAGAUGGAGAGCAGGUAUCGAGAACUGCUGAUAGAGCAGCAGAGGCUCCAGAGCAGAGAACUGCUCGCCAGGUUGAGUCCUCACGGGCUCGCCGGCUUCGCCAAUCACCACCAUCAUCAUCAUCCGAACAGACUCGAACAGGAUCACGCGCCCGUGCGACAAGAGGUACUCACGGUAAAGGAUUUCUCCCGGGCGAGUCACGAUAAAUCCUCUUCGCCGAUUAGAAUAGACCAAGAGAUCCCGAGGGACCGCGACGAUCAUCGUUUAGCGAGCAACUCGCCGAGCGGGAUUGGCGAGACGAUGCUCCAACGAGAACAGGAACGCAUUCAAGAGGAGGAUGAAAGGAUCGACAGGAUCACCAACCCGAGAUCCGUGUCGCCAGCGAGCAGGCGAGAAAUCUUGGACGAUCGCAGCGACUCUGAGGCAAACCGCUCGCUGGAAGGCGACCGAACGACAGACCAUCUGGAUCUGGAGGACCAAGAGAUCAGGAGCGUCGGUCAGUCCGAGGACCUGAACGUUAUGGACUCGGACUGUGAGCUGGAGAGGGACCUGGAGACCGGCCAGGAGAAGGAGGAGAAGUCCAGUCCGGUAGUGCCUCAACCGAUUCACCCUGGAGUGCAAAGGCCCUCGCAGGGGCCGCCGUAUCUCGCCGGAGCGCCCGGUGCUCCCGGCUGGAACCCCACAGGAUUUCCGCAUUCUCUCGCUGGCUUCGCGUGGCUACCCCCACCCCCGCACCCGCACAAUCCUCAUGGGCAUCUUUACACGCCGCACGGCGGACCCACCAGCCCGAAUGGAGAGCUAAGGUUGCCGGGACCCGGACCAGGCCCGGUGAGAUGUACCCUCCGGAAGCAUAAGCCAAAUCGAAAGCCACGAACGCCAUUCACGACCUCGCAGCUGUUGUCGUUGGAGAAAAAGUUUCGCGAGAAGCAGUACCUGACGAUAGCCGAAAGAGCGGAGUUCUCGAAUUCUCUUCAGCUCACGGAGACGCAGGUGAAGAUCUGGUUUCAAAACCGACGGGCCAAGGCGAAGCGGCUGCAGGAGGCGGAAAUAGAGAAGCUAAGACUAUCCGCGAGACCCUUGUUGCACCCCAGUUUUGGCUCGGGACUCAUGUUCUCCGGGGUGGGUCCGCCUGGCACUCCCGGAGUGCCACCCUUCAUCGCGGCUGCCAUGGCCAGGCACACUCACGCCGCGGCGGCGGCCGCUAUGUUCAUGGGGCCGCCUGGCCACCGACCUUAAUAACGACACAAGUUAUUCUCGAUGUCAUCGUCUAACGAUCCAACAACCCGUUCACAGACCGAGGAUCCGAUGAUGCGAGGUUGGUGAGCCCGAGGAAGUCAAGAGAAUCCAGAGACUGAGGAAUACGGUGACUCAAGAAUCCAGGGAGUAGAAAAUGCGAGGACUAUAAGUUCGAGGAACUUGAAGAUCCGAGAACUAAAAAUUCCGAGAUAAUUAAGAAGUCAAAGCGAGAAGAGACGAGAGAGAGAGAGAAGCAGGACAGACGCGACAAUGUGAUCGAAGAACUCAAACAAUCAAAAGUAUGAGGGCUAGGAAGUGAGAGCUGGGGGACUUGAAAAAUCUGAAGUCAGAGAUCGAAGACUCAAGGAUUCGAGAAAGGAUCUGGAAAGAAGAAUUCGGGAGUUUCAAGGUCUAAGAUCCUGGAGAACUUUGAUUAGAAAUUUACCCCAUGGUCUUAAUCAGGUUGGUUCCAAUCAAUUAUCUGGUUUAUACAAUAUACAUUGUGAUAUUAUUAGGUCCUUAUAAAUCAUAUAAUGCAGCGUGGCAAUCAGGACUUUAAUAAUAAUAAGGAUUAUUAAUAAUUAGGAUCCGAUAACAUCAUCUAAUAUAAACCAAAUAACUGAUUGAAGUCAACUUGAUCAAGACUAUAGAAUAAAUUUCUAGUCGGAGUAGGAUCGAAGGACUCGAAAGCCGAUGAACAAUCUAUAAGCCAGACUGCGUGUUAAAACGACACUUAGGUAACAUCACGCUAUUACUAGCCCUGCGAAUGAGCUUUCUUUUUCGAAGAGAGGAUCAUCCAAGAGUUCUCAGUUGCUCUUGUUUGUUAGUUCAAUCUCUGACCGGUUGUUCGAUCAGCCGAUCUUCCGCGGAAUCGCCAAGGAUAUCGGAAUCCACCGUUUAGCGUUGGAAGUCGAAAUUGGCUGGGAACGGCCGUGGAACGGUCGUGCUCGCGCGUUAACCCAAACGCCUUAUCGCCUGCGAUGUACGGAUAAUCUAAAUUUCAACACGGGGUGGAAAGGGAGGAGAAGGAGCCUGAAGCUAUCGAAGAUCUGUAACUCAAGGAGCAUCGUCAUCACUUUUUCCAGAACGAUAUGGCAGAUACGUGUCGGCGCCCACGGUGGGCACCUUCAGCGCUUUGAUCUCAAGAGAACGCAUCAAUGUACAUAGUGUAAAUAGGUACGCGUUCGUACGGUAAUUAUGAGUGUACGUAUGUAUAUACACACGUGUACAGGACGCUGCGAUUCGGCCGUCAAGAGGAGGAAUCGCGAAGGGCGGCGGGAGUGUUCGAGGGUGUUAAUUUUAACGAGUCGGAGAGACCGCGUUGGACCUAGCAAGAGAAUCUCCGUUGCCGGAUUUAUUUUAAAUAUGGACCGGUUGAAAGCGCGGACUACGCGAGCAUGCGAGGUACGUUCAAACAAUUCCGGGUCUGAGAAUAUUCGAAGAAAAGUCAACACUGGAGCAAUGUAUAAAUAGUUUCUUUAUAUUUCUUUGAAAAUCAUUUUCCAUGUCAAGCGAAAUCCACUUGUGUUAUUAAGAAAUAUUAUUUCAAUUCUUCCAAAGCAAACUUUCAAAAGAAGGAUGGAAAAUCGCGGAGUAAAAUUUCGAAAAAAUAAUAUUAGGGAUAUCAGUGGACGUUUCUAGUAGUCAUCCCGCGCAAAGAGGACAAGCUACUAAUCUUUCUCCCCAAGUAUAUUCCGUAAUUACUCAUUUAACCCAGGAACCCUUCAGACUUGUUAAAUUUCCCGCGUGCAAAGCAAACGAGGCGAGUGAGUGUAAAUUACGUAUCAGCUUGUAUCGAGAGAGACGGAAUCGUUCAUAGGCAGUCAAAGCUAAUGUUACGAAUACGGCGAGGUUCUAGACGUACCUAUGCGCUCUGUAUAAAUGUAAGAUGAUAAUUUAUCCAUGGAAGUAUAUAUAUUAUAGCGAAAUAAAA